ACAUUCAUAUACAUCCGAGACGCAGGAUCUUUUCAAUUCAUUCUUGAAUUUACACAAACAUCUAACCUUGGGUGACACCUCAUUUUCUGUAAUUGUUCUUUGUUCUGGUUGGAAACAAAGACGUUCUUGUAGAUGUCAAUGCUUUAAAGCCCCGAUCAGUUUUCCAUUCUCUCUGACAGUAUUAAGUGAUCAGUUGUGUUGAAUAUGACUCUGUUUGGGACGAGAUCAACUUUGCUAUGGGCAGUUUUUGCUUUGAUGAGGUCUAAAUCACGAUUAGUUGUGGUCAUAGUUCCUGAUUGUAGUGAAGAAGCUGUUGGAAGGAAUUAUUUUCAAAGCAAAGAAUAAGGCAGAGGUUUGAUUUAAUCUGUACUUAAUGACAAAGGUUUCCAGUAUAUUUUUAAAUUAUGAAUGUAGGUUGAGCGUCGACGCAACAGAAUCUCUCAGAGGAGCCCGGGUGUUGGUGACAGGGGCCAGUACGGGUAUUGGAGAACAAAUGGCCUAUCAUUACGCACGGUUUGGCGCUCAAAUUGUUCUAACAGCGAGAAGGGAGAAAGUGUUACAGCAGGUGGCAGAGAAGUGUGGUAGUCUUGGGGCGCAGAAAGCCCUUUACAUUGCAGCAGAUAUGGCCAGCGACUCUGACCCUGAUAAAGUGGUGGAGUUUGCCCUCAACAGUAUGGGAGGUAUAGAUUAUCUGGUUCUGAACCACAUCGGACCAUCCCCCUUCAGCAUGUGGGAGGGAGAUGUAGAUCACACCCGCUGGCUAAUGAAGGUGAACUUCCACAGCUACAUACAGAUGGCCUGGAGAAGUCUUCCAUGGCUAGAGAAAAGCAGAGGCUCGCUGGUGGUUGUUUCUUCACUUUUAGGGAAAAUGCCCAGUCCCUUUGUGGCACCAUACACUGCCACCAAAUUUGCCCUGAAUGGAUUUUUCGGAUCCCUUGCUCAUGAGUUGGCCAUGAAAAACAGCAACGUGUCCAUCUCUGUUUGUACCCUGGGACUCAUCGACACAGACUCGGCUAUGGAGAAAGUCAGGGGAGUCACCAAUGUGCCAGCGUACCCGGCCUCAGAUGCUGCUCUCAACAUCAUCAUGACAGGCGCCACAAGGCAAUCGGAGAUGUUUUACCCCUGGUUCACAUACAUCAUCACAGUUUGCAAGGAUCUCUUCCCCUCAAUCACAGAUUAUUUCAUCCGAAACUCCUACAACUACCCUAAUCCAUGACAGCGCCGUGCUGUUUUGACAUUUCUUGGUGCUAAAUAUACAAUUCAGAAACCAAACGAGAGAAAAGGUGUCUUCAAACAACGAUGAAGAUAACAGGCUUUUAAAUGCACCAAACUAUGGAGUCUGCAAAGGAUGAAUUCAAAUUUAUGUUAGAAAUAUGGAAAUAGUUUGGAUUUCAAGAAGAUCACGUGGACCCCCCAAAAAAACAGUGCCUUGCUGUUAUUGCCACAGCCUGAGGUAACGUGACAAAUCUUUCAGGUCACCUGAGUCCCCAUGAUGACGCAAAUAAACUGCAAGGAACAGAUCAUAAUUCAGGAUGCCUUUGCAGCAGUGACAAAAGGUCCAAACGCAGCUUUACAUAUCGCAGAUACGCUAACUUUUACGCUUCAAAAUGGCAUACAACCAGGCUGCACUUGUUUCAGCCGUAGACCACAUCAGACUAAUCGUCUUCAAUAGCCUGAAUAAUCUACACUUGAGCUGUUGCAUCAACAUGAGCACUUUGCUGCUCUACCAGCUAAAUCAUGAAUAAACAAAAAUGUAUUCCCAUAAAGUGUCCCUUAAAGGUUCAUACAUAAUCAGAAAGUAGAAUGACUGGGUUUUCAUCAUUUGAAUAUCCUUUCCAUAUACUACCAUGAAGUACUUGGUGAUUCUAAUAAGAUUCAGGGUGGCUCAAAUGUCGCAUCCAUCGUGUAGUGGCAGCUAGAUCAGUGAAAAAUGAUCGAUUUGUCAACGGUUUUUGAGGAAGAAGAGCAGGUUCAUGGAAGCGAAGGACUCAUUGUGACUACACCCAAGUGUGUUUUUUUUUUUUUUCAUCGUUGUGGAAGCGACAACUCGGGCUAUUGCGACUCGCAUGGGCAACAAUGACAACACUGGAUGGUAAUGUAAACAUAAAGUAAAACUCUUUUAAAAAGUGUCAUCGAUGUUUUGACAGCUUCUCUCCCCUGUUUUGGCAUAGUGUUGGCAUCAACACUUUACGACAUUUGUUUACAUUCAAGUGUGGGUAUUUGCUGUGCAUUGUUCCAGAGGCGUGUCGGUGAUGCUUGAAAUUACAAUUUCCAUCGGAAAAAGGCCCCAAAUGAAAGUCCGAAUAUAAGUUGCAUCCCAAAUAAACAUAUAACAAAAUGAGGGUAUUCUGUAUAUCAAAGAACUAAGUAUAACAGAAUGUUUUGCAUACCUUUUUUCCCUUCACCACAUGGACAUGAACGAUGUUCAUGCACAUAGGCAUAAUCUAGUUAGAAAAAAACCCAUUUUAUACCAGUUUAUUUUUAGGUAAUUUCUUCAACCACAUUUUCUUCACAUAAGGAAACUCAAAAACGUUUCAUGUGUGAUUGAAGAAGUCCACAAUGGUGAAAUCCACCAUUUCAGAUUAGUGCAAUACUCACCACUUAAGGUGAACAAAACAAAAGCAAAACUUGUCUCUCCUACUUACUAAUAUGAUCAGUGCAACAUUCACUGCAUAUUAUAAUUUUUCACUUGGCAAUAGGAAUAUUGAGAGUACCAAAAUAUCUAAAUACACUACUAUACAAAUAUCUAAAUACACUACUAAAUAUCUAAUACACUACGAUAACUUAAGGAUAUUGUGAGGUCCGCACUGGAUUUCAUACACAUUGGCACAAUUCUGUGAUUUUUUUUUUCUUUGAUCGGGAGGCAACUGUAUUAA